CGCGGCCGUUGGCUAACGUGGAAGUCGGAUCCGCCGGCCGGCAGAGGAGCCGGGGCUGUGCCGCCCGGGUGGUCUGGCGCGCGGGGCUGCAGCGGUGGUCUUCGCGGCGCAGCUCGGCCUUUCCUGGGAGGGAGUGAUGGGGCGCACGGGCGCCGGAGAGCGGCCGCCGGUGUAGCCCGCGCGGCGCCCGGCCCGGAGCGCGGCGGCGGGCGCGGGGAGGCCUGUGAGGGCCGCUGCCCCGAGCGCCCGGCCUCCCGCGCCAUGGCCCCUAUGGGCAUCCGCCUGUCCCCGCUGGGGGUGGCCGUGUUUUGCCUGCUGGGACUCGGCGUGCUGUACCACCUCUACUCGGGCUUCCUGGCCGGCCGCUUCAGCCUCUUCGGCCUGGGCGGCGAGCCGAGUGGUGGCGCGGCGGGCCCCGCCGCCGCGGCCGACGGGGGUACCGUGGACUUGCGCGAGAUGCUGGCUGUGUCCGUGCUGGCCGCGGUGCGCGGCGGCGACGAGGUGAGGCGAGUCCGAGAGAGCAACGUUCUCCACGAGAAGUCCAAGGGGAAGACGCGCGAAGGAGCCGAGGACAAGAUGACCAGCGGCGACGUAUUGUCCAACCGCAAGAUGUUCUACCUGCUCAAGACCGCCUUCCCCAGCGUGCAGAUAAAUACUGAAGAACAUGUGGAUGCAGCUGAUCAGGAGGUUAUCUUAUGGGAUCAUAAGAUUCCUGAGGAUAUCCUGAAGGAAGUGUCUACCCCUAAAGAGGUACCAGCAGAAAGUGUUACUGUCUGGAUUGACCCACUUGAUGCUACACAGGAAUAUACAGAGGAUCUUCGGAAGUACGUCACUACCAUGGUGUGUGUGGCUGUAAAUGGUAAACCUGUGCUAGGAGUUAUACAUAAGCCAUUUUCUGAAUAUACAGCUUGGGCAAUGGUAGACGGCGGUUCAAAUGUGAAAGCCCGCUCUUCAUACAAUGAGAAGACCCCAAAGAUCGUCGUGUCUCGCUCCCAUUCAGGGAUGGUCAAACAGGUUGCUCUUCAGACUUUUGGAAACCAGAGUACAAUUAUCCCAGCUGGUGGUGCUGGUUAUAAAGUUUUAGCACUCUUGGAUGUGCCUGAUAAGAGUCAAGAAAAAGCUGAUCUAUAUAUCCAUGUGACAUAUAUCAAAAAGUGGGAUAUAUGUGCUGGCAAUGCCAUCUUAAAAGCCCUGGGGGGGCAUAUGACUACCCUGAGUGGUGAAGAAAUCAGUUAUACCGGUUCAGACGGCAUUGAAGGCGGACUCCUCGCUAGUAUCAGAAUGAACCACCAGGCUCUGGUCAGAAAACUCCCCGAUCUAGAAAAGACAGGACAUAAAUAAGCUUAACUGAUUACUGGGUGCCACUCUUUCAGAGCAGAAAUGGUUAGCCUGAAAUGCUGGAAGCUUCAAAGGAUCGGUGGAGACUAUGCACGGUUAAGGCCAUCCCAAACUUUUUAAAGUAUUUAUGAAGCAUCAGAGACUUAUUUUCCCUAUAAUAGGAUGCAAGAUCAGGGAAAAUGGGUUGCUUCGUGUCUCAAGUAUUGUCUUUAUUUUUGAGACUAUUUUCCUACAGUUGUCAUACACAAGCGCAUAUAUAUAUUUGUGAAUUAAAGUCUAUAGCUAAGUCUACGCUGUUAUGAGUCACCAUUUUCACACAACAUCAUGAAUCUUCACUAUUUGUUAGUACUUUCAUAUAGAAUUGGGCUGAAGGAAAGAUUGAAUUUGUGUAGAUGUUUAACUUUAUAAUUAUAUCUCACUGAAAAUAAAGUAAUUGGGGAUUUUUACCUUUAGUUUGGAUGGAAAGCACAAGAAGCCACACAUUUAUUAAUAUGCAACACAGGUUGUAUUUAUGUUACUGAAUAUUCUAUGUAUUGAAAUAGAGAAGAUUUAAAUUGGCUUUUUCUUUGAAAAUUUAAUAACAGGUUCACCAGCUAGUAGAAAACAUAUCACGAGUUUGCAUUGUAAUCAUAAUUUCUCUAUGUGUGUGUGUGAGUGUGUGUGUUUUGUUCUUAUAAAAAUUGUGUUUGUGCCCAUUGGUUCAACAUUUAUGCCAUCUUGAUGUUGAUUUUCAUUUUCCCUGUGGAAGAAGCAUGGUUCCAUCCUUUCUCCUCUCACCAACAUUUUAGUCUUUAAGUUGUAAGCUUUGGUUUAAGGUUUCAAGUUUAGCACUAUGAUUUGGUACAUUUUUCUCAUUCAGGAUAAAAUAUGCUAUAAGACACUAUAAGAAUAUAAACGAUUCUAUUAUGAUUGAAAGUUAUUUGACAUAUGAAUUGAACUAGCUUUCAUUAUUUUCAAAAACUUUGUUAUAGUAAUUUUUUUUAAAUGUGCCAGGUUUAUAUAUAGAAGAUUUUUUCAUUAUCAAGAAUGAGUAUGGUUGCUCAUAUUUUGCCAUGAUUGCUUUUACUAUUAUUAAUAAUAAAUGUAUCUAACCUUACCGAACUAUUAAAGUAGUAACUUUGAAAUACUCUAUAUUCCCUUCAUAUUAAAAUAAUGAAGGUUAAAGUUACUUUUUGAUGAAAUUUUUUCUAUUCAGCCUCAGAAUCUGUUUGGAAAAAAGGUUGUGACAUAUUUAUUGUGUCACCAUAACUAGAAUAUUGCUUUGUGAACCAUCUUUCAUUGGGAUGUGUGGUUUCUCUCAGUGUGAUAUCUGGAAACUUCAUGUAAACAAUCACAUUAUUUCAUAUGACUUCAGUGCCCUUGUAUUCCAUAGCACACUAAAGAGAGAGCUUUCUCGUGGUCUUGGUGUAUCUGUCUCUCUGUCUCUCUCCCCAGGCCCCCCCCAUUCAUUUUCCUAUCUUGGAGGUAAAAUUCAAAGAAUGUACGUUCUAGCCUGAUUGAAUGCACAUACUUUAGGUUUGUAUGUUACAUUGUACAAAGCCCUUUAAUUCAUCAUUAGUAAACUGAAUCUAGUAUGAUACAGAAGUUUUUACCCAAUCUGUAGCAACUGUCACAAAUUUGGUAAGGUAGUGGGCCUCAUUAAAUAGGUCUUUUUGUUGUUCAGUGAAAAUUUAUUCAAAGUUUGGGUAGUUGGAACACUUGAUACUUAAACAGGACUUGGGAAUUUUGAAAAUAAUAUCAGUAGUGGGCCUCAUUUAGAUAGGUCUUUUUUUUGUUCAGUGAAAAUUUAUUCAAAGUUUGGGUAGUUGGAACACUUGAUACUUAAACAGGACUUGGGAAUUUUGAAAAUAAUAUCAAAAACCUCAUCUUUUUUACUUUGCAAUAAGUUGAGGAAACCUUUUAUUCCUCAGGAGAGAUGGCAAAGGCAUAUACCAUUGUCAGAGUCCUGUGGUGUAAGCAUUUAAUUGUAGUAUGUCAAGAGUUAGAGAAAUGGGACUGGCAAAUAGAAAAUGGAAUUUAAUUGAAUUUUUUCAAUGUUAUAUGGAAACUUUAUGAUUUUGUGGAAACAAAACCAUAUUAGCAAGCAUGAUUCUUUUAGUUUUAAUUUUAUUAAUCUGCAGAUAGAUGACGACUUUGUGAAGGAUGUGUAUUGUGUGCAAAAAUUAAGGUAUUGGCUGAGAGUUAAAUACAUUAUUUUUCUAAUUUGUUAGGUAUAGUCUAGUUACUAAUUUAAGUGCUUUUAUAGAAAGUUCAUUUUUUAAAAUUUUGUUUCUAAAAACCAAUAUACAUUGCAGAACUAGUGUAAGUACAAGGAACAGUAUUUAUAUUUAUUUAUAUGAGACAUUAUUGUGCCAGAACAUACCAGUAAAACACCUUCUGAACGAGGCAUGUAAUAUUUCCCAGAAUUAUAUGAAAUUAUUUCUAAAUAGCAAAAUAAGUAUAGUUUAUUUUUAGUGAUCUAUACCUCCCCAACUCCUGGCCUUCUCUUUUCUUCAUCUUUGCCCUUAUUUAAAGGAAGAUUUUCCCUUAACAUUGAGUUUUAUGUGUCACAUUUAGUAGAAGCAGUGACAUCCAUAAUCUCAGUGGCCAUCAGCUGUGCCCCUGGCCAUGUCCUCUGCCCUGUGACCGUCUCCUCUGCCCGUUAACGUUCUCCCUCUGUCUCUGCUUCUCUUUCUCAGCCAGUAUGCUCCCCCCAGAUGCUUUUAUGUACACAUUUCUCUCUAGAUUGGCUGCUGAAACCCAUCUCUCAAGAAUGUAAAUGUAUUAAUAGAAAAUACAGGAGAGCUGAGUGGAUAAGCCUGCUUGAGCACAUUUGCUUUUUCUGGUUUCCUACUUGGAUCCCCCAUUGCAGUUGAGUGUACAAGGACCUUUGAGAUGGUCAGAUUUGUCUUUGGUCUGUGAUUGUCUCCUGACACCAAUUUUAGUGUUUCUUGAUUUUUAAAUCAAUAAUAUUCAGAUGGCUUGUUUUUGACUAUAAGGAAGUAACAAAAGCAUUUUGUUUUUUAUGUUUUAAGUAACAAUUGUACAAAAUCUUUCUGUUUGCUGGAUGCUCCCUUUGGAUAUUUUGUAAAUGGUGUCAGAGGAGAUGGGGCAGGGUGGUGGCUAAGUAGAGUGUGGGAAGGAAGAUCCCGGGAAGCUGAGGGGCAGGUAACAGGGAAGAUGCAAAGCACACUUCUGCCCUGACCCUCAGGAUCAAGAACUCCGUCCUGGUCUUUGAUGUUGAACUCAAAAAUUGGAUUUCACUCAGGCUUUGAAGGUGACAGCUACCUCUGAUAGCCCAAGCAUAAGUAAAGAAAGGUGGAGUGCACCACAGAAAGGAAAACUUCCAGCUUCCCCUCUCGGAUCACACCUUGAAGAUGGCCUUCUGGAGACAAUCUGACAGGUUAAAACAGGAAGUGUUGGGAUUAUUCUAGCUGCAGCUACCUUUCUUGGGUAUGUGUUGACUGGUCCUAGAUAGAAACAGUGAUUUUUCUUUUUCGAUCUUGGUUGAAUUCAAGAUGUAUUUAAUUAUAUGUCUACAAAAAGUCUGUCUUUUAACUGUUGUGUAAAAUAAACCUAAUCUAUGGUUUCAUUUUUAUCAUUAAAAAAAGUUGUGCCUUAACAAUAGGGCAUUGUAUGUUAAUAAGGGAAAACAAAACCUUUUUUUAGUAGGUGGGGAAAAUAGGAACUUUUUGCCAUUAAAAUUUAAGUUCUUUUAAUGUUUUUAAUGUUAGAGAUAGGGGAAAUUCAUUAAAAUUAAAUAAAAUUGAUAUAAAAUUAUUUUUUCAUAACAGCAUUUACAACUAAAGUAUGUUUUUAUAAGAACUGGCAUCUUUGAUGUAUAUAGGUCUGAAAUGAUAAUUCAUCUUUUGGUUUUUAAUUUUAAUAAUAUUAGACCUGGAUAGAUCACAUUUUUACAAAUCUUACUUUUAAAGAAAUCAUUUCAGUAUGCCAUUUUAUCUGUUCUCCUAGUCCCCUAGAGUCAUUUUGGUGUAAAAAAUAGGUAUUUAUUCAUGGUAGCAUAUCAAUAGUUUGUUAAUGUUAAAAAUACUGUAUAUUUUAUGACACUACAAAUCAGAACAGUUCCUAAGGGGGAGAGGAUUAUAAUUAUGAUUAGUAGUUAACUGAGAGGGCAAGAAGAAUUGAACUUUGUACUUCAAAAGGAGGUUUUGAUUUUAAGAGGUGCUGGUUAUGUAAAUUGUUUAUUUUUAUUUCAUUAAAGCCUGGCAGGUAUAUGCAUUCCAAUUUACCAUUGGCAAAGCUUUAUUUAUUUAUUUUUAAUUUUUAAGGUUGCGUGGUUAAUUAAUUUUGUGGGAAAGUGAGAUUUAUAAGUAGUUUUCCUUUGAGAUAAUAUAAGCCAAACUUUCUGAAGUUAAGGAUGGUGAAUAAUAUUAAAAUAACUUGUUAUGUAUUGUGUUUGUAAGGAUUCCCUAAAGUAUUAUAAUUAACAUAAUUUGUGUAAAUUGCAAAAGCAAAAACUGUGUUUGAUUAGUAGUAUGUUCCGUUAAAAUUUAUUUUGAGGUGUAUGUUA